AAAACAACAAAAUAACAAAGAGUAACAGUGCGGAAGCAAUAAACACAAACGAAAUGACUGUGAACACAUCAAACAUAAAAACCAGGACACAAAAGGCAGUAAAACAUAUAGUCCAGGAUACUCGAUGGCAACAUAGCACCAUAUGGUGCAUAAAUAGAUUUAGUACAAUAAUACUAUGGCUACUAUUACUAACAUUAAUGCAUACCGCAUAUGCUGCCAAUGCCCAAGAGCUUAGUAAACUUACAACGAAGCGUACAUCAACAACGGAAGCGGAAGACGCAGUUACGCUUGAAUCCUCGUCAGUGACAAGAUACAGUCAACCAUUGAUAACAAAUGACAACGAUGAUAGUUUUCGACCGAUUAUUCCCAAGGAUAUUGAUCCUGAAUAUAUUUCACGUAAUGUUUUCACAAAAACAGGACAAUAUCGUGUAUUCGAACCAGUCGAGAGCGACUUGCGAGCGACAACAACAAUAACGAAAAAAGGCCAGAAUAAAAGAGUGUUGACACAAAAUUUGAAUACCCUACCUUAUAGAGAAGCAACAGUUUUAACAACAACAAUACCAAACUCAAAAGCGUUGCCAACAAGAAAAACAAGUCCACGGACAAACAAAUUAAAGCAAGCGUCAAUAUUAGCGGAACAGAAAGGGAAGUCCUUAAGUGGCGUUACAACCCAAAGGAAUGGCGAAAAUGAAAUUGGUUUCAAUGAAAUACGAAGGAAAGCACAAGUGCCAACAAUGCACACAGCCGACGGUGCCAAUGAAACAUUCAACUCCGAACAUAAAGGACUUGAAGAAUUACUCACGGAAUAUGUGCAAAAUUUUUUCAACAAUGGACAAUACGAGCCUUCGCCAGGACUUAUUUAUGAGUUACAGAAAAAUCACACAAUCAGCGGUGACGAUGGUGACCUCAAAUCUGGCCAUAAACGUUAUGUGCGGCAUGCAAAUGUCAGUAAUGAUGCCAACGUAACCGUAAAUAUUCCCCGUGUGCUGCAAUCCGGACGUCUUCUCUUCUUCGCAGGUUUGAAAAAGAUUAUGUGGCCAAUUUACAUGGGAAUACAAGUGCUGAAAUCUUUGCUCUUUGCCAUGUUUCUGCCGACAAUAAUUGGCUCGAUUGGAAAGCUUAUAGGAAAGGGCAUUAUUUCUGGCUCAGCGCCACUCUCUGUAAGUCCACUGCAACCACCACAGGAUUUAGAUUUCAAGGAUAAUUCAUUUAACUUUGAUGAUGACAGCAAAUUUAUUAUGGCAGACGAUACUGGCAAGGAGCCUGCGUACGCCUACAAUCAACCAGAAGCAACACAGAACCAAAACCAGUACACGUUCGAUGCAGAUGCUCUAUCGCGAUACGGCAUGACGGAACAAGGGAUGAAGAUGCCUGGCAGUUAUAUGAAUGCACUACAAAGCAUCAGUUCGGCUUCAUUUAAAAACUCGAAUUCAAUUUCUGGCAGCUCUUCAAAUUCGAUGUCCGCACCUAUGCAAAACAAGCCGGCAGCACCAGCGAACAUGAACACAUUUCAAACCUUCCAAAAGGUACCAGCAACAUCUUUGCUGUUAUCGAACUAUGAUCCAUUUUACAGUCCUUUGUUGUCACGUUUGGAUUCGGUAUUUGCGCAGCUCAAAGUGAAUUCCGAAAACGAAGAAUGCCGUGAAAAGCUUAUAUGUUUAAUGUACGCACAUCCGGCAAAAUAUGCACCCUACAGUAAUUUAGUGUCAGCACAGUUGAGUCGGGAACUAAAUGAAUUGCGAAAACCGACAUCGGAUAAUCCAGACAUUUUACGCUUCUUUAAGUACAUGCGUGCGGCCAAGGAUGGACAGGAUGGCGUUGAUUGCGAAACAACCUUUGAUGGCUGCACAGAAUUCAAGGAUUUCGAAAAUCCAGCUAUGGUUUCAACAUACAACGACAUCAAUAAACUAGUACAAGCACGUAAGCUGGCGUAGGGGAGAAGGGAGAGGUAGACGCCAGGGACCUAUGGGAUGUAGAUAGUAGCACUAAAAAUAUUUUCUCUCGAGUCGAGCUGAGGAUUGCAGUAAAAUUUUAUUUGUUUAAAAGGGGACCCACAUUGAGGAGAGCACACUUUACAGUGUUGCUACACUUUAAAUGAUUUCAGUUUUGUGUGAAGUACAGAAGUUUAAAGUGGCAGCUGUUGUACAAAUAAAAAGCUGAAAAUGAAACAAAAAGUUACUAAAUGAAUUAAAUUUAGUAAUUUUAAA